GUGUGUGAAUGUGCGCGUGCGUGUGCAGAAGCCCCCUCCGUCAGGCAGCUCUCUCGCUCUGUACAGGCGCAGUGUGUGAAGUGUGUGCAGCUCGGCUGGCCUCCCUCCGCACUGAAUGGACUAGAUUCCCAGCCACGUAAGAAGCACAGCGGCACCACGGGAGAGAGGAUGUCCUGCUGAACCGAGGGAUAGGCCUGGGAAAGUCGGCCGGCCGUCCCUUCCUUCCUUCCAGCAGCAGCUUACAGCAGCAGACACACAAACACAGACGACACUUUGCUUCCACUGGACUAGAGAGCAAGAGAAACAGAGAGGACGUCGACUCCCGCACACAAAGAGCUACAGCAGUUUUUUUCCGGAUGGGGUUUUCUCCUUCUGUGGUAGAUGACAGUCGCCGUGCAUGGAUAUGAUCCUGGGGAACGAGGCCGUGCACUGACCUGGUACUAGUUAGCCAAGGAAGCUAACUAGUUAGCUCUGCACCUGCUAGCCAUCAUUCGUCUGUCAGAUUUUCGGCUAAAUUCAGCAGCUAUAUUUAGCUCGCGAAACUUGCUUUAUAGAUAUUUUUGCUUGAGUAUUUUUCUCGCUCUCUGUGCCUGCAAUUGUAUUGUUUCCGUUUUAUGAAACGUGCCAUAACAUUUAACCGGCAAAGAUAAGCUAGCAAAACUUAGCACUCUUUCAUUCAUUGUCAAAGCUUGACUUUUGGUAGCCUUUGUUACGUCGUGCCUGCUCGCGCUUGCUAACGUGAAUGCAAUUGCAGCAGGUCUGUACAAAGGGUUCCCACUCAGUUAGGGGGAGUAAUUCUGUCAUUUCAGCCCGGCCUUAUCUCCUGAAUGGAAAACAAAGGAGGGCAAAUGAACAGUUGAACUCUGCAGAGACACCAGACCCCCUUUUUGCUUCACCUUUGCUUUGCCUGUUGAUAUUCAGCCACAUCCUCCUGCAGCAAGGUGCAGCUGAAUCUGCUUUAUUUUCUACUUUACUCAAGAUUCAUUACAGGUCGUGAUUUUGCACAUUUACAACAAAGUGGUGCCCUGAUCGAGGAGGAGGAGGACGACGACAAGGAGGAGGAAGCUUCCCCCCCCCUCGGUUUUGUGGAGUUAUCGCACUUAUUCCUCAUGAACAUACAGAGGUCAAAUCCAAUUAACAUUUCACGUUAUGGGAGAUCGCGGCACAAAUCGCACGACUUCGAAGAAUUGUCUUGCUUAAGGACUACAGAGUCGCACCAGAGCUUCAGUCCCAACCUCGGGUCCCCCAGCCCGCCGGAGACCCCGGACUCCUCGCACUGUAUCUCCCGCAUCGGGGACUACCUUUUGUUGGAGCCACUGGAGGGAGACCACGUUUUCAGAGCCGCCCACCUGCACAGCGGGGAAGAGCUUGUAUGUAAGGUUUUUGACAUUGGCCGAUACCAGGAGUCACUGGCGGCCUACUUCGCCCUGGGCCAGCACCAGCACAUUAACCAAAUCCUGGAGAUCUUGCUCGGGGAGACUCGAGCCUACGUGUUCUUUGAGAGGAGCUAUGGCGACAUGCACUCUUUUGUCCGCACCUGCAAGAAGUUGCGGGAGGACGAGGCUGCCAGACUCUUCUAUCAGAUAGCCUCGGCUGUGGCACAUUGCCACGACAACGGACUGGUCCUCCGUGACCUCAAACUGAGGAAGUUUGUCUUCAAAAAUGAAGACAGAAGCCUCGUGAAGCUGGAGAGCCUUGAGGACACUUAUAUCCUGGACGGUCAUGACGACUCCCUGUCAGACAAACAUGGCUGCCCAGCUUAUGUCAGUCCUGAGAUCCUCAACGCCAAUGGCAGCUAUUCGGGGAAGGCAGCAGACGUCUGGAGUCUGGGCGUCAUGCUGUACACCAUCCUCGUGGGGCGCUACCCUUUCCACGACGUCGAGCCCGGCUCUCUGUUCAGCAAAAUCCGCAGGGGCCACUUCAACAUCCCUGAGACGCUCACACCCAAGGCCAAGUGCCUGAUCCGCUCCAUCCUCCGCCGGGAACCCGCCGAGCGCCUCACCUCUCGGGAGAUCCUAGAGCACCCCUGGUUCGCCUCCUCCGGAGCACUAGGGGGCGCCGCGGUGCACGGCAGAGGGGAAAGAGAGCAGGAGCAGAUGGUGCCUGAGGUGAACAUGGAAGAGGAGCUGGAGCAGUUCUUCAGCUGAGCAAAAACACCAAGCACAAAACGGACGACUCCGCCACGGUCGGCUCGCCACGCUCACAGCAGAGCCAAAAACAGUAGUUUAGAGAUUAAUAGGUGAACAUUUGUCACUCAUAAUAAAGGUGUUUCCAUCUUGUUUCCUUUUCCACCAUUUCAUGGAAAACCUUGAGCCUGGCAUGACAAAUGGCAUCUAUACAUCACCUGGCGCCGCACGUCCUCCCGCUCGGGGACGCUGCCGCCAGACAUGCAAGUUGCAAACAAUGUAGCAAAAUGUUCUUUUUGGAUCUGUUUGGUUUAAUGUGGUGCUCAUAAAAGUAGACACAUUCACCAUUUUUUGACACUAUGGAAAGCAUGAAGGGACAUCAGAAACCAAGGAGAACAAUUCAAAAUGAACUGACAACGUGCAACACCACACCUUUUCUUACAGAUUUUGUUUCUCUUGUCAUAGCUUUAGGUGGUACCAAUUUAAAACCACAGACCCAGAGUCAGGGAUCACAGAUUACCCCUGACCUGGGAUCCAUUGGUUAAUAAAUGGAGCAGCUUAGGCUUUUUGUCAUCAUCAAACAUGGUUGACGUCGUCUUUUUUUCAUGGUUAAGUUUUGUUUUGUCAUCUCAUUCGUCUCAGUUUGACCAUCAUCGAUAGUUCUGACAUCGUCACUAAACUCCUCGACGGCCUUGUUUAUAGUCAUUUGUAUGUUUCUGUCCACUUCAUUCACCACCACACUUUUAUCUUUCAUUACUUUUCAGUCAUUAUUUGUGUUUAAGCUAUUCCACUCUGUUGUUACUGCUGCUUUAAUAUCACUCCCUAAACCUCAAUCUUAAACCGAUUUGUCUUGGUAAGCCUCCAAACAUGGCGUCAUGCACUUGAUGUGUUGGGUGAAUGGACGAUUCCACCUCUUAAAAAUUAGCUUCCUCUUAUUUAAAAUUCAUUCUUCAGUUGUAGGAACGAGACCGUAACGUUUAUUUAAAUUGUAACAGCUAUAUAUAUAUAUAAAUAUAUUAUAUAUAUAUAUAUAAAUAAAUAUAAAUAUAUAUAUUUAAAACUACAUUGCAGGGUUUUUCUUUAUUCAGAGAUUCCUUUUUCAUGUAUGAUGUAGGCAAUAUCUUGACACAGGACAGACGCAAAGAGGAAAACGUCUGUCCGAAGUUUUGGAAUACACAAUAUCUUCUGUGCCAGUAUUCCGGUGCCCCCGACAGCCCACGCCACCCGGUCUCCCUCGUUUCUUUUUAAAACUUGAUACGAGAUAUUCAGUGAUAGUAUUGCUACGACAUGUUCACUCCAGGACCCCAUGUUAGUUUUCUACUGCCUGCGUAGGUUCUGUGAAACGGUCAUGCUCGGAAUGGGUACCAGUGGACAUGUUUUGUCGUAUCUCAAUGUUACUUGAAUUUGUGUUUUUAUCUAGUCAUUGGCAUGUGCCCCAUGAAUGCUAUAGCCUGCCUAGCAGGGGGGAGGGUGGGGGACGG